CACGCUACGGGGCUCACACGUGUCUGGCCCGCGACGCGCUUUCCCUUGGCCGGGGUUCCAGUUUCCCGCCCAGGAGUCCUCGGUCCCUCCCCCGAGACCGCCGGGCCCUCCUCCAGAGCCCCGCGGCCCGCCCCGGGGGCUCCAGGCCAGCCCGCCGUCACCCGGUGCGAGCCCGCGAGAGGCCUCGUGCAGCUGGCAGCCCCGCCCCGGCACCCGCCUGCUCUUCUCGCGGGUCCAGACCGCGAGCGCGGGGGCCGAUGGGUCGCCUCUGCGCCGGGCCGGGUGGCGCGGGAUGGCGGCCACCGCGCUGCUGGAGGCCGGCCUGGCGCGGGUGCUCUUCUACCCGACGCUGCUCUACACCCUGUUCCGCGGGAAGGUGCCGGGUCGGGCGCACCGGGACUGGUACCACCGCAUCGACCCCACAGUGCUGCUGGGCGCGCUGCCGUUGCGGAGCUUGACGCGCCAGCUGGUACAGGACGAGAACGUGCGCGGGGUGAUCACCAUGAACGAGGAGUAUGAGACGAGGUUCCUGUGCCACUCUUCACAGGUGCACAGAUGGAGUCCAGAGGAGGCUGUAAGAGCCAUCGCCAAGAUCCGGUCUUACAUCCACAUCAGGCCUGGCCAGCUGGAUGUUCUUAAAGAGUUCCACAAGCAGGUUACUGCAGGGGCAGCAAAGGAUGGGACUUUUGACACUUCAAAGACAUGAUGUAUGUGGAUUAGAAAGAACUCAAGACAUUCCCGCUUGAUACAGAAUAAAAAAAGCUUAACGGGACCCACAGGGCUUAAGCCCAGACUUGACAUAACCAAAAUGUGCCAAUAGGUAAUAGGUAAUUUUGCUUUCUCUGUCUUGUUUCAUUUUCUUGAAAUAACACUGUUGUGUGGCUAGAAAGGAAAAGAUUUAGUGUGGCUUGUAUUCAUGGGAUACAGGACAGGGAUGGGGCCAUCUUCUUUUCUUGAAUAGAGCUAAAGAAGUAUUUUAACAAAAAUCUAUUAUUAUGUACCUAAUAUUGUGCCUAAUAAUAUUUAGCACCACAACUCAAAAGACUUAGCACUAGAAAAAAGGAAACUCAGCUCUGGGUCUUUGCCACUGUCAGAAUCUGAGUCUCACUGGCCCUGUGGAGUAGGGAUCCUGUCUGGAGAAGUGGGAGCAUGGGCGCAGUCAGGACUGCUGCAGACUGAGCCAUGUGAUGGUACGUAAGGAGUCCCCCUGAGGGAAUGAAACACUCUCGCCCCUUCAAAGUCACCCCUUCGGAAUUCAACACAGACACACAUAUCCCUUCAAAAACUUUUAUUUGUAUCAACACUUCCUAGCUCUUGACUUAGCUUAGAGCUUUUAAAAGAGCAGACACCUUACAUAUUUGAGUUUGAAAAAGUUUCUGCUAUUAAUCAGAAAUAAUCAUUUCUAUUUUCUGGCUUACCCCUUGGAAUAAGCCAAAAAUAAAACCAAAGUUACAUUUCCUGACAGAUGGAUGAGAAAACAAUAGAAGGAACGUCCUGAAUUCUAGAGUUGACUCUUGCUGGUGAAGUACACCUUCAGCUUAGUCCAUACUCCUAAGUAAAGCCCGAAGGAAAACUCUUAACACCUAAUUCUUUGUGGAAAAAUGAUCAACUAGCCAUUUCAUAGGUUAUAGAACAAAAGUACAAUUGGGCAUCUUUCCUUAUGUCCUGGGAUCAGGGGUGCUUAUAUUUAACAUUGAUCAGGUAAAGAGGAGAGGCUGUGCCUAAGGUCUGAGAAACAGCUUGCUCUAAAGCAAGCUGUGGUGAGGCACACAAUGACUAGGGGAUGGCAGAGAACAGGCUGGCCUACUGUCAGUUCAAGCAGCCAGCUGAGCAGCAGCAGUCUAAAAAGCCCCAAACAGAACACCUCCAUGGGUUCAGGGAAGGGCUGAGGCACUGCCUUUCUAGUAUGUGCCAAAAAAUACAUUACUCUGAAUUGGGGCCCGGGGGACUUUGAGUUUGGAUGGGGAGGGAAAAGGAGUGAGCAGCUCUCCUCCCCUCCCCACAGCCUUAGGCCAACACAAACUGCAAAUUGGUAAGCAGCACCUUAAUACCUCUUGUGACAGUUACGGCUGAAGUGGCAGGGUCAAGCUUGUAGGUGUUGGCAUCCCCCUUUUUAUAUCGGUCCCGGAAGACAUAGAUGCUCCCGUUACAGCUGGCAAUCUUCCAGAGGGAUGGGGCAGAGCUCCAGGCCUCAGGAAGGCAAAGCCGGGUGAAGCUGUCUAGCAAGGGAUUGUAACAUACCAGGGAGUCCCCUUCAGCCACGAUGAACACCAGAUCUUUAUGCACAGCUGCGUGCAUGUGGCCUGCAAAGGGCAGCACAUAGGGCUUCACAUGGCAUUUGUCUGUCUCUGUGUCAAAGCACUGGAUGAGUCGGGAAGGUUUGGUAAAGAAGUCCAGAUCAUUCUCCUCCCCCCCCAGUAAGUAGAUGAUCCCGUUGAGGUUGGCACCAGCAGCCCCUGACACAGCCACCUCUAGCUGGGUUGUCUCUGUCCACACAUUAUCACCUACGCGAUAAUAAAUGACUGCAUUGGA